ACGUUGCGAAAACAUCAAAGGCAAAAUUCACAGCGAAGUUAAAACAUAUAAUCAACUCUUAGGUACCUACCUACCAAAAUCCAUAUGGCAACGCUUUAAAAUGGAUGAUCUCACUGACAUGGACCGUAGAGUUUUAAGCAUAUUAUAUUUACUAAUGUACGUCAAACCAGAAGCUGAUUUAGCCAUUGCUGUUCAAAAGUUUAACCACCAGAAAGACAUGUCGGAGUAUUGCAGGCGUCGAGUGGCGCCCUCUGUGUUCCUGGGGAAGCAGGUCAUGGACGCCAGCGCUCAAAUCAUGCACUUUUCACAGUUAGACGUGCCAUACAGUUGCACAAUGAGCGUGAGGACUGAGUCUGGCAACAAUAUCAUCAUGGUAAUCCAGUUGCUAUCAGGAGCGGGUUUGAUGGAUGCCUGCGCUCGUAACAGCAACCAGCUGAUCGUAUAUGAAUUUGGCGAAACAUUCGGCGGCUACUGGGGCCAUUUGCCUGAUACGAUGAUAAAGAAAACUACUAGGAACUACACUCGGUUCUAUACACUAAAAACUACUAAACCUACAACUAUUAGACGUACGAAAGAUUUUAAAACAGAUACACCAAAAAUUCUCAUGAAUACGAUACCAAUGGCCACAGACAGGCCAAAGAACUUCAUCAGAAUGGAAGUGCCGCUGGUGAAUGUGUCCGGAAAUUUCCAAUUAGGGCCGCCGCAACAGACGUACAAUACUGAGGAGAUGUUCGACUUCAUUUAUGACGUCACACCGAAGAACGGGGUGGAAUAUGAAACAAGCGUGCUGCCUUUAGUGCAGUUUUCAAUAAAGAAACAAACAGUUGGCCCAGAAAGCUACGACACAGAACAACGCUACGAACUCGACUACGCCUUUAACAGAUUUACUAUUGACCCUCGAUUGUUAUUUAGUACACUUCAUAAAAGAGUGUCUACUAGAAAAAGAAAAUGGUCUUCGAGCAGAAGAUUAAAUUUUCGGAAAAAAAACUUUCGUAAAUUAUUUACACCACGUUCAAAGAGUUACUUCGUCAAAAAUCGCUCUUUCACUAAAACUGUUGCUCCGACUCGGAAUUCGAUAGCUUGGGAGAUCGAAACACCCUUCAGCCAGACUACAGUGCGCAGUACAUUGGCAGAUAAUAUUACUAAACGGAAUAUUUUAGAUAAGAUUUAUAACAUAGAUUAUGAUAUUAGUGUGUAUGUAACUCCUAAUGAUCAAAUUUACAAAAAUAAUAAACUUUUCUCUGAUAAUGAAGCUUAUGUAAAAUUGAACUUAGGUUCUGAUUUAGAUUCUCAAAAAACCAUGCAUCCCAUUACGUUCAGUGGAGAUACAAUAAAGGAUAAUUUAUCAAGCAGUACAUUAUUAGUAAAGGCCAAAAAGUUAGAUGCAUUUAUGUUCAAUAAUAAUCGAUUUAAAUUACAAACUGGCCUUGAUGAGAAAAUUCAAUCAACACAACAAAAUCGUUUUACUUUAAACACAGUAAAUAAGUACGAUAUUGUAACAGAAAACAUUAGCACGGUGAUGCCGGAUAAUCCAAGUAUAAAUAAUAUAAGCACAAAAAAUUGUAUAGAACAAGUGAAAUUAGGAACUAUGGUGGGCCACGAAUCAUGGGAAAAUAUAGUCCAAGCAGCCCCUGUGAUGGCUGUUGUUUUAAAUAAAAGUGAAAUGUUUAGUAACAAAUCACGGCAGGGCACAGAGAAACUUACAAAGGUCGACCGAAGGACGAAAAAAAAACGGCACAUCUAUGCACUAGAAAUAGAAGGCUCUCGACCACGCAAUUUGACCACGCAGCGUUCAGUGACUACGGAAAUUGGAACGCAUUAUCUGUUUUCGGACAUACAGGAUCUGGCUGGACUAGUCGAGUUACAAGAUGACGAGAUAGCAGGUCGUUUGGCGUUACGUUAUCUACGAAAUUACGUCGGUUCAGUUCUGUUCAACAUCUGUGACUUUCAAGAAGCAAAGUCUCGUCAAGUGUUCCUCUUCAAUGCUUCAAGAAUUGUUAUUGCUGUCAAUAAUUUUACUAUGGAAGGUAUGACGCUUGUACUAACACCAGCUCAGUCCCUCGUUGGCAGUAUGUCUCUGUGCGAACCCGGGUAUUUGGAGUGCCAAAUCAUCGGAUCUCGAGUCUGCAUUGACUCCAUGAAUGCGUGUGAUACAGUGCCUAACUGUGGCUCUUAUGACAUUUACGACGAGGACCGCCUUAAGUGCGGCGUGACUAAAGGUCUUCAGCACAACGUCUACAUCGCUGCCUUCACCUUCCUCGCGGUGAUCCUGAUCACGCUGUGCACCGUCCACUACUGGCUCAAGCGAUGCGUGCCCAGAGUAUCCGACGCCUUUUUCUUAUACACCGACGCCGCUGAAAACACACUCUUUCUGGAUUCUAUUAUGCGCUCACCUAAUGACGUUGAUGAAUCAUCAUACAAAUGUGCAUAUCCAGGACGUUUCUUUGAUAAUGACAUUUUGAAUGAAAAUGGGCUCAAAGAAGCUGAUAUCAAUGAAAACUUUUGUAGAAGAUUCAUGAGGAAAUGUUGUGCAUUAUUGCUUUGCAAGAAGAGACGUGUAGAACAUUCUGAUUAUGUCGACGAAGUGUAUAGUUCAGCACCAUUAGAUCAACCAAAUAUGUUUUCUUUUGCGGAAUAUGAAUUGCGGAAAUUCGCACUGAGAGAGGAAGGCGUGCAAACUGGAGAGAGCUUAGAAAUGCACUUUGAAAAUUAUACUAAAGAAAAGAAGGAUGAAUAUGGUUGUGAUAUGGUAAAAGAUUCGGGCAAUUAUUCAGAAGUCAAUUAUUAUCAAAGCGAUAGCGAUAAAUAUAUAGAUGAAUUAAAAUUAAUUAAACUUAUUAAAGAAACCAGGUCCUCAUCUCAGUUCGAUGCAUUACCCUUCGAACAAAGAGAAGGAAAAAUGGCAAGAAGGCAUGUGAUUGUUACAGAUGAUGAAAAAGAAAUUAAAAGUACCCUUUACGAACGUGAUUCGAACACUAAUAUUGCUACUAAGAAUAUACGCGUUGAAUGUGAAGUUCAUCCCGAGAAACUCAAAACACAUGUUGAUAUUACAAAACGAUUGCGAUUCGACGAAGAGCUUACAAUGAUUCCUUCAGUAAAAAAUGAUGAAGAAAUUACUAUUGACACUAUGGAAAGCAGGCGAAGUAUUGCUCUUGGAGCAAAAGGCCGAAAUAACCAAGAUCUGGAUAUGAUCACCCAGAUGGAAUCUGAAGCGAGUAGCAGCCGAGAUUUCAUGCGGUUUUGGGGAACUUCAAAAGGCAAAAAGGGUAAAAAAAAGAAAGAAAAGAAUCUGCAGGCACGUUACUAUUAAAUAUAAAUAUAUUUUAAAGGGCUUUUAUUUAUUUAUUCAACUAGGUAAUUUGAUAU